AUUGGAGGCUCCGAGCAAACCGCCGCCAGGAACCCCACCUUUGCGGCGCAGGUGUUGAUUGAUGACGUGAAUGCCCAGCCGCCAUAAUAAAUCGACACAACACAAGCCUCUGUGCGAAGAGAGCACACUUAGCAAACCACAUCUACACUUCGCCCGUCCAACGACAGCCUACACAUUAUGCCUAGCUUUCGAAGUACCCCUCUAUAUGGAGGGGCCAUGGUCUGCGACAUUCCUGCGCACUUUGCAGAUGUCAGCAAACUGCGCGAGGUCCCCGAUAACCAAGAAGUAUGGAUUGACGAAGACGGCUUUACCAGCAUCAUCAUCGAUAUUACUGAGCGGGUUGGAAAGGCUGGGAGCGGCGCUGAAAUUGACGGACGAGCCAUGACAACACAUUUCGAGGAACUCGUUGGCUCUGACAUUGACAGUGUAAAGCUCUGGAAUACGGCUGAAACCGAGUUUACCGGCCUCGACGGCGAAUUUCCUGCAUACACAAUGAUUGCAACCCAAACACCAAAGACAAAGGAUUCGCGUGGCUCUUCAUCCGCUCCCGAUUUCACAGCUAUAAUCAUGACCUUACUGCGAUUAGAAAAGUACCAAACGGAUAUUCUUGUUACCAUCAACGUGCCUCAUAUUAAGGGAGAGUAUGAUGAAGAGGACGUUGAUUUAGAGUUGGGCAAGCAGGGCAAGUUGAUUGGUGACGCAGUAGAGUAUUCAUCUAGGAUCUGGUCAUCUUUGAAAAUCAAAGAUUGGGGACUCUUUGGUAAUUAAAAUACUAGCUUUAUAAUAUAUUGCGUCUGAAUAACAUCGAAUUCGGCGACAUCACUUCUACUGGCAUAGUGAUAGCGAGCUGUUAGUCAGAAUAAAUUUUCCUUGUUGGCAAUGAUGCAUAGUAUAAUCACGUAAUAAAACUACAAAUAACACAUCAAUGCUCCUAGUGUACAGUCCAAACGCCAUAGAUCCUUGAAUUUUGCCAGUGCGACUUCAUCAAGAGACUAGGGUGGCUUCUAGUGAUAGACUGCCAACCUGUCCCAGGAUAUCAUCAACCUCAUCCACUUCUAUUGGUUCCUUGGAAGCUGUCGUUGACUUGUUUUUCCACUGGGAGGCGGCAAUCUUCAUAACAUCCUUCUGAGGUAAGUCAGGGUUCUCUGCUCGAAUGGACUUCAUCUGAUCCUUCAGAAAUGUUUGGUACUCUGAUGGCCCCGAUGUCGUUUUUCUUGGUACAGGUUUAAUUUGUUCAAGCUGACCCUUGCAUCGGCCACAUCGCUGUUUUUCAGGCAUAAUGCUCUUUGAAUGUCGCUUGAGUUCGGCAAAGCAUUCCUUGCAUUGCCAAACAUACUUGAAAUCAAUAUCGUACGAGUGUUUCGUGGUAACUUCGAUGCCACGGUGGCUAAAUGUUUGAGUGCAUUUGGUGGCCCAGACCUUGAAUUCUUUGCCAUGAGGGUUGUUGGUAAUACCCGUAAUCAUGAAAUUUGCUAGAUGGCAAAACUCAUGCGCAAUGACAUUCAAGAGUUUCAGCUCAUUAUCAAUAACCUUUUCAGCCAAUUCAAUGGAGGAGUGGUGUUUAUAUGUCGUUUCCGUCGAACCGUCUGUGAGGGUUUCCUUGACAGAUUCCCUUUUCCAGUUGGCACGGCCGGCGGUCGUGUUGAGUGUCUUUGACCAAAUGAGGGAUACGCCUCCGGUGCUCUGCGCUAGUACACCAACUUUUCCAUCUGUAAUCUUUUGAUCCAGCUCUUCCAGAAACGACAUGGCAAGUGCCUGCUUGCCAGCCUCAAAUUCAGCCUUGUGCAGCUUCGAGGGGCUCUUGGUAGGGCUUUUGAUAGGGCUUGAGAUGCGCAGAGGAGUUUGUGGACUCAAUUCUGUGUUGAUGUUGUCAAUUGUGCUUUGAUUCCAGAAGUCGUCAACAGUCUGUCUCUGCGCGGCCGUGGCGAGCUUAACUUGUUUACGAGGCGAUUGUAACGUCUUUGCAGGUUGUUUAGACACUGGCGGUGUACGGGGAGGUGUCUUGAUGCGACAGUCAUUGGCAAACUGUUCUGCUAGCGCGGCCCCAAUUGAGUCGUCGUCAAAUUCUUCAUUUUCUGCUUCUGAUUCAUCCAGGACAAUAUCGGUAUUCUCUCGGUCUGAAAUGCUUGGGGGUUUUAAAAUGGGAAAUUUAAGUGAUGGUACUCGAUUUGUGCCAUUUAAGCCCCGCGACUUCAUCACCACGCUAUCCAAGGCAACCGAAACCUCUGGAAUUCCAGAUAUGUGCAGUUCAGAGUCAGACCAGCUGUCUUCGUUGAUUGGUUUGAUUUCACUUUGCUCAGUAUAGCUUGAUUCUGCUGUCGAUGGUCUGCUCUUUGUGGUCUCAGCAGGCUCUUCAAAGAUUGUGCCUGUAACGUUGUAGUCAUCCCCAAAUCUAGACGUUGGUUCUAGACCGAACUUUCGAUCCAUGCUUUUCUUAGAUGGUGAGCAGAGGGGGCGCGAACCACCGAAGGAACGCUUCAGACGAUCAGCAAUUCGUUCUGUGUUGAAUGUCAUAUUCAUGGUGUCGUCCCGGAGCUCGGUGCUGUUUGGUUCAGCAACUUCUUGUAGAGGGCUAACUGGUGCGCACAGCAUGGGAAUCUUCAGUUCGGGUGUUCCUUUGAGGUCGUUGUUGAGAGUAUCUCGUGUGGAUAAUGACAAAUCAUACUGCGGAGUACGGAGAAGAGACUUUCGUGGGCUGGUUUUAAAUGGACUUUCGGUUUCCUGUAGGUUCCAGGGCCGAAAUAGAGGAUUGUCGACCAUUUGGACUGCACCACCUAGCCUGCGCACACGGCGCGCAGAGGGCUUUGCCGUUGAUUUGGGGAUGAGGUCUCGUUUGUUUGUUGGUGUCGCCAUGGGAUUGAUAUCCCGAAACUUGGCUUGUUUAGAAGUUGGUGUUGACAUCAUGUUGGUGUAGGGUGUUUCGUCAUCACUGGAUGCGUAGCAGUCAACUAUGGACGCCAUGGCUGCGAGAAGUGUGUGUCGAGAUAAUAUACUGGCUUCGUUUUGGAGCUGAGUUGUCGUGGUUGUGUUGGCCGUUUGGAAUGUAA